AUGGAUCGCCUCAUCAUCGCAAGUCUCUGGACUCUGAUCGCUAUAAACAUCAUGUUCAUCAUCAGUUCUACUUUGGGUAGUCUGUUUAUGUGCUGGCCUAUACAAAAAGCAUGGCAUGGGAGCAUAGAUGGUACAUGCGGCGAUCGCGCUGCGUAUGUAUUCGGCACGAUCGGUGUGACGAUCAUUACCGAUGUCCUCGUAUCACUAAUUCCAGCCUGGGUCCUCUACGAUCUACGAAUGCCUUUGAAGAACAAGGUGUUCGUGAUAGGGUUUCUCUCGCUGCCACUUACCGUGACAGCUAUUGGCUGCUACCGUCUACACAAAUUCGUCGAGGUUAUGGCGUUGCCCACGAUUUACGUCGAGGACCCCUACAACAUACGAAGCGUGUUGUCAAAUGUAGAAGCCAAUCUGGGUGUAAUUGCCGCGUGUGGCCCAACGAUCAAGUGGAUGCUGAGCCGUUUCAUUCCUUACUUAGAUACCAGUCCGAGCAGGAAUCCAUUCCCGCCAAACUCAUUCCCACGCUUCCAAUGGCGCACACGAGAGAGUAUGAAGGGGGCCGUCGACAUCGAGCUGCAAGAGCAUUACAUCGAUACCAAUAACGAUGAUCAACACGACGCAAGCCGCGACCGGCAGUUCACAACCAUCAGUAGCGACAGCCAGAAAACAGCGACGGCACAAGACAAGGGCGAUGUGAUGAUGAUGGAGGAACCAGGGCUGCACUUGCAAGUGAACAAGCCCAAGCCUUCUUUCCAACCUGGCAACUGA